UCUCUUUUUCGUUCGUGUCGAGAAUUUAAUCAUGGCCCACGCUAACGUCUGGAACUCCCGCCCUAAGACCUACGGCAAGGGCUCUCGUCAGUGCCGUGUCUGCGCUCACCGUGCUGGUUUGAUCCGCAAGUACAACCUCAACGUCUGCCGUCAGUGCUUCCGUGAAUACGCCAGCGACAUUGGUUUCCACAAGUACCGUUAAGGUGUACACUUCAUGUCAUCGAUGGCUUUGGACAAGAGGCUGGCUUUGCCUUGACUGUUGAUUCAUUGUGGUCAUUGUAUGUUUUUUGUUCAAUAAAAUCAACAUCAACCAAAAAGGAUGGUUUUAUUCUAUUUUUUUUUUAUAUAUACUUUAUUGCAAAAUUCGGAUAGACAAAGAGGAGUCGGUCCAUGUCCCCUUUUUUUUUUUCGUUGAAAGGCCCUACAUUGUCACAAUUACGGGAUUUCUGCACGACAUUGUUUUUCGGAACGCA